AUGGAUCCAUUGGAUCCAAUGGACCAUUGGACAUACUUCCUUUGCCAUCUCACAGGCCUGCUACCUGCAUGUGGUCCAUGCCAACUUAUGACGUCAUUCGAGUUAUUUGCUGCACAACCAAAUGUCCACUGGACAUAUGCCUGUCCAUUGGAUCCAAUGGACAAAAUCAAAUGUCCACUGGACAUAUCUAUGUCCAUUGGAUCCAAUAGACAGCUGAAAUGUCUAUUGGACAUAUGUCUGUCCAAUGGAUCUAUUGAAUCCAAUGGACCAUUGGACAGAAAAGGCACUCACUGGCUCUCAGGUAUAUUGGGUGUGACAGUAAAAUUUGGGCUGUAUUUCAGCCUACGCGCAUUCAUAAACAAAACAUGCACUACAUAGACGUUAACAAACACAGUUAUUCUGGUUUUAUGUAAUCAUGACUGGAGCGUUAUUUUGUCAACGCCUGGAACCUGUGACAUUCACUCACCUGACUUCGCUCAUCGACUUCGGACAAGAUCGAAUUCGGCGCCCCCCUCCCCCCCAAUAAUAGAGGCAACACGUACUAAGAAAACUUAAAAUAAACUCCACUUCUUAACUUGGCCCCAUAUUCAAUUUGGCGGUAACGCGCGGAGCAUUAAUUGGAGGGGGUUCAAAGAUGCGUCUGACUAUCAAUUAGGUAUUCAGGGACGUAGCGACCGUCGGGUGGGGUGGGGAGGGGAGGAAGAAGGUGUGUGAAGGGGCCGAGGUUGUAAACCUGUGAAACUCAGGUAAAUAUCAGGUAAAAUUUAAGUUUCCAUUUUGACAUUUUCAAGCAUAAUGUUAGUCAUGGCAACACGAUAAUUGUUAACGUUUUUACUUUUUUGUACAAACCUGCAAAAAAUAGACGAAACUUGAACAAUUUUAAAUAUAGAACUAUCAAUUUCUAAAAUAUAUAAAGCAGGUAUAUUAUUCUGGUUUCUAUGGACUUUAUUUUAAUGUAAAAUUCAAAACGAAUCUCUGCACAAAACGUUUUUAAAUGUGAAUUGAAUUCAAUCGCUUUUUGCCGAUAAACUCUUCAACUCGAGCUUCAACUUAUUACUCGCAGUUUGAAAUGAAAUAAAUUUAAUUGGUACAGGACACUAGUGAAAAUAAUUUGCUUUCCUUUUUAUCAACUUCUACAAAAGUUAAUUUAACUGAGAAACUUUCGCAUACAAUGCAUAGGAAAGAUUUGAACAACAAGAACAAAUUGUAUAUAGUAAUUAGUAUAUUUAUUUAAUACAAAGGCAUACAUAAACAAUUGAACAAACUUGCCCUAUGCUUCCGAAUUUCUCAUACUAAAUCAAUUCUUAUUAAAAAUAUUGAAAAACGUUUUAAAAUUUGUUAUGUGAAACGAUUUUCCAAGCUUUCUUGCAUGUAUUUUUAUAUUUUGCCUUCUUCACUCCUGGCAAACAAACAGCCAUAUUUUUGAGAACAGUGAUGACCCACGGUAACCCACGCCCGCGAUCAAUAUUGAUGAACUUUCGAAUUCGCUAAUGCUUUCGUUUCCCCGGGUGUAAAUAGCCGGGCGGAAUUAAUACCUCGCCCCGGGCUUACGCCCAGAAAGGCGCUUUGCGCCGUUGGCUCGGGGAUUACUAGUUACUUAGGGGCCGAUUACAUGGAGCAUUUUCAACCCCGGGGUUGAACUCAGCCCUGUUUACCGGGUUGAAAUUUCAGCCCUGUCUGUAAUACAAAACUCUAUCAAAAUUAAACGCGCGAUUACAUGACAAAAUUUUUAACCCAGGGCUGAGUUCAACCCCGGGGUUGAAAUUUCAACCAUGCUUCAGCUGGCAGCUUUCAACCCAGGGCUGAAAUUAUCAUGAGUUAUUCGAACAUGCGUGGUGGUGACUAUUUAUUACAAGAAAACAAAAUAAAGACUUUUUACUUCCGCGAAUCGAUGCCGAGAACGUACAGUAUAACGUUUUAACCCCGGGGUUGAAAUCGUCCAUGUAAUCGCAAAAAAUUUCAACCCGGUUAACAGGGCUGAGUUCAACCCCGCGGUUGAAAAUGCUCCAUGUAAUCGGCCCCUAAGACUAUGUAAAUUGUAUAUUUCCUUCUAAAAGUCCUUCUUUUAAUUUCGAUUUAAAAUCGUUGAUAUCAACAUUAGAUUUUAAUUCGCCAUUAGAUUUUAAUUCCAUGCGUUCCAGAUUUUGGUUCCUCUGUAUUUGAAUGUUCUUAUGCCGGUCGUCGUCCGAUUCUUUGAAAUGUCAAGAUCAUUUUGGCUUCGUGUAGCGCGAUCAUGGAUAUUUGAUUUCUUUUUAAGAAUUUGUGACCUAAUUGCGAGGGUGCUUGAUUAUAUAUCCAUUUGUAGGUGAGGACAACGUCUCAAUUGUAGAUGCUCUUUCAUUGGUAACCAAUCGAGUUCCUUUAAUAAAGGAGAUAGGCCUACAUGGCAUCAUGUAUGUCAUGGAGGCAACUUGA